AUGAAGUUUGCCAUUGUUGCUACUCUGCUCGGCCUUGCCGUCGCUGCUCCCACCGGCCCUCUCGAUGGUGCUCUUGGCGGUAUCACUGGUGCUCUCCCUGGCGGUCUGGGCAAUGUCGUCCCUGGCGGCGUCGGCAAUGCCAUCCCUGGCGACGUCGGUAAUGCCAUUCCCGGAGGCCUCGGCGGUGCCAUUCCCGGAGGCCUCGGCGGUGCCAUCCCCGGAGGUCUUGGUGGCGCCAUCCCCGGAGGUCUCGGCAAUGCUAUCCCUAUCCCUGGCGGUGUCGGCAAUGCCAUUCCCGGAGGCCUCGGCGGUGCUGUUCCCGGUGGCCUCGGUGGCAUCCUCGGGACCGUCACCAAUCUUCUCUCUGGUCUGACGGGCAAAAAGCAGUAA